AGAAGCGACACUGCGGUGUUUGUUAGUCUGAUCAAAAUGGCUGCGAGACCACUGACGCCGAGAGCUCACUGAACGCCUACAAUGACUGUGCUCUCCGCCGUCUGGACCCUCACAGAAUGUAUUUUCCCGGAAUCGCUUCUCACUUUGCAUUCGCGGUAGCCGGCGCGUCACAAGUCGUUCCGCUGGCGACCUAAAACAAAACCUUUCUUGUUUGCACUUUAAAACAAGUUGGCCGGCUGGCUUUCGGACGGCCGUCUGCCAACACGGACAAAAAACUACGCCAUUCAUUUUUUCACUUGUAACCUCUACCAGCUAACGUUGGCUACAACAAUUUAGCUGGCUUUUAAAGACCUUUUUUUUUAAAAAAAAAAAUCCGCAUCGUUUAUUUUUGUUGUGGUUGCUGACUGCGGUUCUUCUCCUUCCCCGCCCCUUUACUGUAUCGCAUAUGACGUUUUAGCAUUUAAUAUUUUGGACAAGUGCAUUCUUAAACGUUUCGCUCAGCUGUACAAUACAAUAUUGUGUUUUUGUAUAUUUGGCUGAGGAGGGAGCGUUGUUUACCUUGCUAUCCUGUCACCAAGCUGCUACGGCAGCGGAGUCUUGACUGAAUCUCCUUCACUGCUUUACGGGUAACUUUGGAGAGGGCACCUGGGAAUGAAUACAAGCUGCCAAAGCCGUGGUUAACGCAAGCUGAGAGAAGCUAGCAACACAAGAAAGAGAACCAUUUGAUGGAAGAAAAGAGAAGUAAAAAGCAAGAAGAAAAGAUCAAGAAGGACGUCGCUCAGAAAAAGGCUACAGAACAGAAACCCAAAGUCUCCUGCACCACGCAGCAGUGUGCGGGAUCAAGAUGGAUGAAGGCUCAGAGGGAGAGUAACACAGCAAGCAUCAGGCUGAGACAUAAAAAAUGGAGAGAGAGAGAGCAGUGCCAGAACCUGCUCCCACUUAUCCCAGUACCGCAACACCCCACCACCUCCACCCUGCCAGCCCAAAGCUGCCCCUCUCCUCCUCAUUUUCCUCUGGCAAUGACCAACGCAACUCUUCGAGUAGCCAGCUCCAGAGUUCGACUCCCCCUCAGCCGCAGUGCCAGUUGUCAUCUUCCGGUGCUCGCUACCCCCCAAGAGAGGUGCCCCCGCGCUUCCGCCAACAGGAGCACAAGCAGCUACUGAAGAGAGGCCAGCCUUUACCAGCAGGAGCCUUCAGUGAUCUCUCACACUCCUCCUCCUCCUUCUCGUCUUUGUCACCUUCAUUACCUUACUCUUCACCUUCUACAAGUACCAGCAUCACUACCCCACACUUUACAGAGGGCACUACAGGCAAACAACAGCCAGACAUAUCCUCGCAGAGUGGCUCUGCUGCCCAGAUUUACCAUUCGGGAACCUCAUUGCAAGCUGACAGCAUUUCCGGUGGCAACAGCUGGAAGAAAGGGAUUAUUGACGGAAGUGACACUGAAGCUUGGCCCUCCAUUAGCCACAGCAGUGACCCCAGCCAACCUGCAGCACCAGAAUGCCCCUUGGGCUCAGCUAACUUCAGCACAGACGUCAGCGCUGUCACUACCACCAGUUGUACUUUUCUGAGUAUGGCCACAAGUGCCACAGGCCAGCCGGCCCACUACACAGCUCUCAAAUCUAACAAUAACAUGAUGACAGGACCCGGGUCAGCCAACACGUUAUCUAGUAACAGAGGUUGGGGCUCAGAUGCCAAACAAGAUGGAAUGAAUGGCGGACGAGUAGGAACGCCAAAUCACUGGGGCUCACCCGGUUUUAAUUUGAAUCUCAAUCCCACUGCAAACCCAUCAGCGUGGCCUGUUCUCGGUCAUGAGGGUGUUAUUGGCUCUAAUGGGGUGUCCGCCUCAUCUCACCCACCGGGCAAUGGGAAUGGAAACCUGGGGAACGGGAGCAUUGGAGGCGCAAGUGCUUGUGGCGGAGGUUGGGUUAGCAUGGUUGGUGCCAAUGAAAAUGAACAGCAGCGCCCCUCAACCAACACAAACUUGUCCUUCAAUAUGGAAACUAACCGGAACACUGAUGGACCAAACCACAGCAAGCAACAAGCUCAGGAGCCUAUGAGCCCUAUCCAUGGGUUAACUGGCUGGGGAGGCCAGUCACCUACUGAAUCAUCCCAACUUAAUGGAGACACAACAGGCAGCUCUGUGUGGGGUAGUGCAGAAACCAAGGCAGCUGACUCACCGAAGGACUCCGGCUGGGACGCAGCUCCCUCUGCAGGCCUCUCUGCCUGGGGCCGCCAAGGUAGUGGUGGCGGGAGUAAUGGAAACGGUGGCUGGGGAGACUGGGGAAAAUCCUCAGGAAGUGGAGAUGCAUCGAAAGCCUGGGACUCUGUUGAUGGUGCCAGUUCAGGUUCGGGUCAAGAGCAACAACUUGGCACAUGGGGUAAGCAGUGUGAAACUGCCCCAGCAAGCGAGGGUAGUGGGGACAGCAGAGAUGGCCGAUCUCACCACAGAGAGAGGUCCUCAAGCAUGGAUUGUACCCCUGUGUUACCACGACAGGACUUGGACCCACGGGUACUAAGUAACACAGGUUGGGGACAGACUCCCAUUCGACAGCAUACAGUAUGGGAGAUGGAGGAGGCCAACUCUGAUGAUGGGAAAAGCAACAGCAGCUCAGACACAUUUGAAGGUUCCAGCUCUAAUAGUGGUCCUCCUUCUACCAAUGGAGGUGCCAUCAACCCCACCAUUGGUACAAAUCAGAGGCAUGGAUCCGAAGGAAAACGUGACAGUGAUGGAUCAUCAAAUUGGGGAGCCCCUACAACUGGUUCUGGAUGGGGUGAUCCCCCACAGUCACUGAACGAAACAGCUAAUGGCACCACCAGUGGCUGGGGAGACUCCUUGCCUAGCAGUGGACCUAAAAAUGUAGGCGUGACAUCUUGGGGCUCUGAGGACAAGUCACCUACUUGGGACAGUGACAUGACAAAAAGCCAGUCCAGUAAUUGGGGGGAGGGCCCCCGUAGCUCCCGCGGUUGGGGCACUUGUAAUGGGGGCUCCCACAGCUCCAACACAAGGGAUUGGGGAGAACCAGAGAUCAAAAAUAAUGGGUCCCCCAGUAGCAUGUGGGAAGGUGAGGGAGGAAAUGGGGGUAAUGGUGGGUGGAAGGAUAGCACUCGAGGUGGAAACAGAGGAGGUGUUAAGCUGACUUCAUCUGUGAGCAACAGCACUUGGGGAGAGACCGCACGUGCAAAUGGCCCAGUGCAGGGCACCUGGGGAUCUUCUAAGCCCACUGAAAGCAGCAGCAGCAGUAGCACUGGUAGUGGAGGAGGAGGUAGCAUUGGGUCUUGGGGAGGUCCUGGUUCUGUGAAACAGAACACCUCCAACUGGAGCAAUGUUAGCAAACAAGACCAGUGCUUGGAGUCCACUGGUUGGGAGGAGCCCUCCCCUCCCUCUGUCCGCAGAAAGGUGGAGAUUGAUGAUGGAACGUCUACCUGGGGUGAUCCUAGCGCAUACAACAAGACUGUCAACAUGUGGGAUCGCAAUAAUCCUAAUGGUAACCAAGGCAACAGUGGCCCACCCCCCAUUAAGAAUGGCGGUAUGAUCACGCCUAACAAUAACAGCAACAAUCAUUCCGUCAGCUCUGGCAACAACAAUCAACACCAUGGCCAUCCAAUGCACCACCAUCCUCACCAUGGCAAUGCACCAAGCCAUUUACAACACCAUGGAAACAACUAUGCGUCACCCAACAAUUGUGCCCUGCACCCUGGUGCAGGCCCCCAGGGUAGACCUCCUCUUACUAACCCAGGCUGGGGAGAGCUCCCCAAUGUACAGCCCAAGUCAGAGCCUGCUUGGGGAGAGCCAGCCGCUCCGACAUCAGCUGUGGACAACGGCACCUCCGCUUGGGGUAAGCCUCCAGGGGGAGUCGGAGGAUGGGGAGAUGGUGGCCAUGAACCCUCCGGACCCUAUGGCAGAGCCAACGGACCCUCCUGCUCUGCACCCUGCAAGCCUGGGCCCAAACCAAUGCAAGACAGUUGGGGAAGUGGAGGGGAGGAAAUGGGCAUUACUACAAACCAGUGGGACACUGAGGAUGGAGACAUGUGGAGCAGCCCCACCUCACAGGAGAGCAGCUCUUCUUGCAAUUCCUGGGGCAAUGGACCCAAGAAGGGCCCGAGCAAGGUUAAGAUGGGGAACAAGCCAGAUGAGACAUGGCUCAUGAACCGUCUCAUCAAACAGCUCACUGACAUGGGCUUUCCGAGAGACCCUGCUGAGGAGGCCUUGAAGAGCAACAACAUGAAUCUUGACCAGGCCAUGAGCGCUCUGCUAGAGAAGAAGACUGACCUGGACAAGCGUAGUGUCGGCAUGUCUGAUUACAGCAACAGCCUGAACAAGCCUCUGGUGUGUCGACCAUCUGUGCUCACUAAAGAUCCCUCUGACCGCACCGCCUUUCUUGACAAGGAUGGCGUUCUGUCCGAUGAUGCCCCCCCAUCACCGUUUCUGCCUUCCCCUAGCCUGAAGCUCCCCCUGGCCAGUAGUAGCCUUCCUGGGCAGGGUCUGGGACCAGGCAACUCGGGGCUGGCAAUGCAAAACUUGAACAACAGACAGAUACCCAGUGGAAUGUUUGGCAGCAGUGGGGCAGCACAAAGCCGGGCCAUGCAGCAGCCUCCUCAGCCACCAGUGCCACCUCUGAGCUCCUCCCAGCCUAGUCUACGUGCUCAAGUGCCUCAGUUUCUCUCCCCUCAGGUCCAAGCACAACUCUUGCAGUUUGCAGCAAAAAACAUUGGUCUGAACCCUGCACUUUUAACCUCACCAAUAAACCCUCAGCAAAUGACCCUGUUGUAUCAACUUCAGCAACUGCAAAUGGCAUACCAGCGUUUACAAAUUCAGCAGCAGAUGAUGCAGGCGCAACGCAAUGUUUCCGGCCCCAUUCGACAGCAAGAGCAGCAAGUCGCACGCACAAUCACCAACAUGCAACAGCAGAUCCAGCAGCACCAGCGUCAGCUCUACCAGGCGCUGCUGAUGAAGCAGCAGCAGCAACUACCCUCUCAUUCUGCCUCCUUCUCUUCUUCUUCCGCUGGUCUGCACGGCCCCACCGGAGGCCCCGGAUCCGGCAAAUCAACCCUGGACCCUUUCACAGGUCCUCAUCAGGCCCCGGGCCUGGCCGACACACUGCACACCAAAGAGCCGCUGUCCUCGCCCAAUGCCUACAGCACCUACCCUCUUUCUGGACUGAAUCCAAACAUGAAUGUAAACUGCAUCGAGGUCGGGGGUCUGUCCCUGAAGGAGCCCCCUCAGCCCCAGUCCCGCUUGUCCCAAUGGACACACUCCAACGCCAUGGACAACCUCGGUGGCAACACCUCAAACUUGGAGAACAACCUCAACAAACACGGUGCCAUAUCUGCUGCCUCGACUCUGGGCCCCACUGGGAAGCCACACCAAUUGGAGGACUCCUACAGUCCAUACAGUCUGAUGUCCAACUCAGAGUCGCCUGCCAGCCCCUUGGUGCCCCCAGACAGCUGGGGCCAAGGGAAGAAUCCCAAUGAAAAGAUCACCAACGGGACCAACAUUAACUGGCCUCCAGAAUUCUGCCCAGGUGUGCCAUGGAAGGGCCUUCAGAACAUUGACCCUGAGAAUGACCCUAAUAUGACCCCUGGCAGUGUCCCCAGCGGUCCCACUAUCAACACCAACAUCCAUGAUGUCAACAGAUACCUGCUGCGUGACAGGAAUGGAGGUAAACUGUCUGAUGUGAAGUCCACCUGGUCUUCAGGACCCGUCUCCCAGAACCAAGGCUCCCUCACCCAUGAGCUGUGGAAAGUCCCUCAAGGUCCACGCGGCUCCACUGCCCCUUCCCGCCCUCCUCCAGGCCUCACCAACACCAAGCUGCCAUCCUCCACCUGGGGAGGGAACUCACUCGGCCUGGUCCAAGGCUGGAGUGGCUCCUACUCCUCUGAGGGAACAACCUGGAGUACAGACAGCUCCAACAGGUCUAGCAGCUGGCUGGUGCUCAGGAAUCUCACACCUCAAAUUGACGGUUCCACUCUGCGAACCCUGUGCAUGCAACACGGCCCCUUGAUCACAUUCCACCUCAACCUGACCCAAGGGAACGCCGUGGUGCGCUACAGCUCCAAGGACGAGGCUGCCAAAGCCCAGAAGUCUCUGCACAUGUGCGUGCUAGGUAACACCACCAUCCUGGCGGAGUUUGCCGGCGAGGAGGAGGUGAACCGCUUCUUUGCACAAGGCCAGUCGCUGGCCUCAAACAACACCACCAGCUGGCAUGCUAACUCGGGAACCAAUCAGAAUCGAAUGGGCGGGGCAGCGCCAUCCCACUCCAUUGGUCAGUGGAGCAGCAGUGGAGGCGGCGGCGGAGGAGGCAAGUCCAGCGGCGGCGACCUUCUUUGGGGAGGGGUCCCCCAGUACUCCAGCCUGUGGGGGCCUCCGAGUGGAGAGGACGCCCGCGUGAUCGGGAGCCCCACCCCAAUUAACACUCUGCUACCUGGAGACCUGCUGAGUGGGGAGUCCAUGUAGGAGGAUGCCAGAGCCCACCACCACUAACCACACGCAGGGUGGAGGAGGGCUCGUAGGAACAGGAGCAAAACCCAAGCGAAUCAUGUGGAGAUAAUCAGCACCAUUUUGGAACUUUGUGGAACUGUGAAUUGUGAAGCAGAAGGCUGAGGGUUCUCCCACAUGGACCGUAGACCCCAGUCUUUUAUUUUUGCAACAUGAAAAACAAAUAAACUGACAUAAAACAAAGAAACCCUUUUUUAGGAGAAGCAAUCAAAGCUGCCACCUACCUUUCCCUCCAUGAAGAAUGAAAAUCAACCCAAACAAAGCGAGCAUUCCCAGCAUGCACCAUGGCCAAUGACGUGGUUGAAUGACCUUUACUAGUUACCUUUCUUUCUCAGCACUAAUUAGCCUUAAGUGCUCUCCGGCCCAGGUCCUUCCCAAGCCGCCUUUCCUUUUCUUUGUGGACUUUGUGAAGUACGUGAUGGAAUCUUGCACAGUUUGACCUCUUGAGCCAGCGUGAGCGACGCGACACGGCUGGUGACCAACUCUCUUUAACUGUGGCCCCCAGCCCCCGGUCUUCGGAUUGUUCAGUUUGUCUUGUGGACGCCGCUGACAGCUGUUCAUUGUUGAUGUCUGUCCCUAUUUAUAAGCUCUGUGCACGACUGAGUAGAGUGGCACCAAAUCACUGACAGGAUUGGUCACCUCCAGUUCUUACUGGUGCUUUGUUGACUUUUUCUACUCCUCUUCAGGCUGACUGUGUCUGGAUUGGUGGGGGAGGAGGACGCAAUUCCACCUUUUAGAUGACGGUUUACAUUGUGCAAUAUACACCGGAGAACUUUCUGGCCGUCCACACGCAGCUGGUCGUUUUUCUGUGUAUUCGAUUGUUAUUGGAACUUGAAAGACCUUAUCCCCCAAAACUUGGAUUCCCUCCAGAGCGCCGGUCCCCCCGCCCUUCUUUUUGAGCAGUCGGGAAAACCCUGCAAAGAGGAAGACGUUUCCUCAAUGCGUGCCGCACCCAGAACAGACUUGAUCCACAGCGGGAUUGGACGCCUCUGGGUAUCUGGCACAAUACCAAAUAAAAAGGCAGGGGAGCGGAUGUUGGUUCUCCUAAUGCAGUAGACCUUUCGAGUGUUCCUCGGUUCUGGAUCAACACAGGAAAGACCUUUUGAAAGGGUUUUUAUCAUAGCACUUAUGAGGAGCUAAUGGCUUCAAUCCAAUAAAUCAAGACAGCUCUUCUUGGACAAAGGGAACACAAGUGAAUUGUCACCUAUGAACAAUAUCAAAGUGAAUAUCACUGUUACUCCAAAUGUUUCAAAGCCUUGCUCUCAUUGGAGACCUGCAUUGUCUCCACAAACGGCGGGGCUGGGGAAGGGGGCGCGGGAGUCAGGUAGUCCACUGAGUGCCUCUCUACUGUGGUCCACGCCUGUCCCCUUCUGUCCCACCUCGGGUCACCACAGCAGCAGCAGCCGCACUUCCUCUACUGGGCUCAGUCUGGCAAUAACCACCGCCCACCUGCCUCUGCUGUGGCCCUGCCCACCUCCCCUGACUCAUCUGUUCUUAAAAACACAAAAAUCACUUUAGCUGGAAGAUUUAAUAGUCAUAUUUCUGGAUUUAGUUUGUUUUAUUGUGUUGUCGUGUUGACAUGCUACAUUCUGACGUAGCCCUUCACUGUUCAUAUGCAGAAAACACUCGUGCGCUCGUGCUGGGUAUUGAAUGCAACGCUAGGAUCAAUACUACAGACUUUUGAUUGUGUUGGACAGUAUUCUCUACUACUUCCAGUCCAGGUUGUUUCUUGUUCUAUUUGUUUUGGUCCAAGCUGCUCCCAUUGCCUAGCUGCUACGCUACCACACCCCCCGCGACCCCCUCCCCUUCAUCAGCAGCCACAUCAUAUAGCCCCCCCCUCCUCUAGUGGGCCCUUGUACCAGUUUCUAUGCAAAAGACGAGAGGCCCUUUUACAAGCACUCCCCCCCCUCCACCCCUACUGUGCACUUCACAAUGGCCAACACUUCUCCAAAACACUGUUGCUGGCUGACUUUUAGUCGGAACACUUGAUCGACGACACUUGUGUCCAAACUUGAUCUCAGGGUUGGGGGGGGGGCAGACACCACCGCAAUGAUGCAGCUCUCCACGCCUGUCGUUUGUUUCUACUGUGAGAGCGCCAUCUUUACAAUGUACUCACACACCUCACUUUUUCCUGGCGUAAAAAAGAAGCCAAUGUACUGUGCCAACUUCAACAAGCUGUGUCGUAUAGAGAGCACUUGUGUCCGAGGGUGGGGGGGCAUCACACCCCUGAAAUGACUGAGUUUGUUUUUUGUUUUUUAUGCUUUUGUGGGACAAACCUAACCUAGCAUUGGACGGGUGAGGUUCCAGUUUGCUACAGUGCACAGUUGAUGGGUAAUCCCGGGUACAUAUUUUUUUAAAACCAAAAAAAACACAAAAAAAUAACACAUUAACAUCAUUUUUAUGAAACUUGACAAAAAAUCUUAAAGGAAAAAUGUAAAUGGGGAAAAAACAAAGUUCUAUGAUAUGUUAAAGCUCUGCACUUCUAGCUGAAAGGUCUCUGAUGGAACACGUCUACUAACACCAUGAAGAAGUAGACCAGCGACCAGGCUGCCUUUUCUUUUCAUUCAUCUCCUUUUUAUGUUGAUGUCCUGCUCAAAGCCGGCCCACUGAUUUGAACUGUACAUUUCCACACAGCCAAAAAUGGCUCAGGGGGGCCCACUGUAUCAGCCUCACUCACAGGGCAACCAGAUGGAGACGUACAGAGUCUUAAAAAAAAAAAAAAAAAAAAAAAGUCAAGAAGAAAAAGGGGACAAAGGCUACCUUUUCAGGACGUGCAGUCCUGCAGCACACAAGCAAAAAUCACUAUUGCCUGUUUCUGUAACUGCCUUGAUCCAAGCUCAGACAGACCCAAUAGCCGAGGAGUACCAAGUGGAGAAAGUCAAAAGAGGCUUUCAAAAAUGCUGCACCAGCACUGAGAGGCUCUCCUCACCACGCUCUCGACAUAGCAGUACAUCUCAAUAGCAACACGCCUCGGAUUGUAGCCUCUCUAAUCUUAACUUGUUUGUGUCAACUGAAGAUGAGCAAUAUGUUGCUGGGUUUUUUUUUUUUGCCCCCCGCAAAUAUGCGAAGGAAACGAUGUAAUUGUAAACUGAUACUUGAUCGUACGAAAGCCGGAGGUUGAAAUUCUGCACAUUUUGCUUUUUAUUGACACGAUGCAGUGCGUCAAAGCAAGUGUACUGUAUGUGUGUUUUUUGUUUUUUUAAAGCCAGGCAUGAUUAAUUCCCCCCAGCUUUGAGCAUUUCCUUAAAAGAAUCACAUAUCAAAAAAAAUCUUGAAUUUACUUGAAUCGAUGGAAUACAAAGGAAAGAGGGUCACACUGAAAAGAAAAAAAGAAUAAAAAGGGGAAAAAAUCCUAAUCUUACAAGAAAAAAAAGUUGGAACUGGAACUACGUUUACAUUUUUUUUUUUAAACAAAAAAACUUUAAUUUAAUAAAAAUCCAUAUAUAUUUAAUUAGAGCUGGGCGAUAUGGACCAAAAGGCAUAUCCUGAUAUAUUUAGGUUGAAUAUCCCGAUACUGUGUACUGUAUAUCCCGAUAUUUUUUAAGCAAAGUGAGUUUAGACAAAAUCAAAGCCAAAUAUGCGUGUCAGGUUGUUUUAUUAAAAUAAAUUCUUUUGAAAUUUUAAAAGCGUCAUGCAAGAUGCACAUAAAAAAAAAUUAUCUAAAAAUAGCCUCUAAUAUAAAGUAGGCCGUUCUCUUUUUGAAACAAAUAUGGGAAAAGUCUAAUCUUUUUUGAGAACGUACCUUUAGCUGGAUCCCUUCAUAUAGAGAGUUAGGACAACUGAGAUUACGCCGCCAUGUUGGGGCCAAUUCAAGCGCGCGGCUUGCGUGCACAGUACGACAAUGCAUCUAAAUUGCAAUGUCUCUGCACAAAGGGACGCAUGCAAAAUGUCUGUUUUCUAAUUAUUUAUAGAUCUAUAUUUUCCAAUGUGUAAUAUGGUAUAAUUUGACAUGCAUGAAAACAUUGUUGAACUGUUAUGGACAUCAUGCAUGAAUGCUUUGCCAACUGCUUAUUAAAUUAGCAAAUUCAGUCCACAUUAAAAAGAAAUAUGAAUUCUGUUGAAUAUGGAACAGUUGCAUUAACUUCAACAUUUGAUUUCAACUGUAAAUGGAAUAAAAAGCAGAAUUUCACGAUGCAUUCAAUGUCAACAGAUGUCAAAAUGAAUGCACUUUUAUAAGUUUGCUCAAGAUCAUGGAUGACUUUAUUUGCAACCAGAGGUGAUUUACACAAGGAUCAUUCUUAACUCUAAACAUCCAUGACUGCCUUGUUGUUUCGUUUUUUUAUAGUAUAUUUUACGUUUAGGCUACUUUCUUAUAUCAAAACAAUUAAGUAGAACACAAUAUUUAGGUAAACACACUCUCUCCAAAACGUGCCAAGCUCAUCAAGAGAUGCCUUAAACUUAGUAACAUCGCCCCAGGUGGCUCUGUCAAGUUUGUAAAACAUUGUGACAUAAAAAAUUUCAACAUGUACAGAGCCGACCUCGCACAGCUUUGAAGACGACUUCGGCUUCCAGCCCAAACGGUUGAUUUUAUUUUCCCAAAUUGUCCGUCUGUUGACAUCUGAAGGGAAUGUGUAAAGCUUGAAACCCUUGGCAUGUCUAUUUGUGCAUCCAAAUGCACAACAACCCGGCAUUUUUGGGGAACAAACAAGAAUACUGUAAAGAAAAGGCAAACGCAAAUUUGGCCCCAAGAUGGCUCCACGAGUCACGUGACCGUACUUUUUCGACUCGACGUGUCGCAACUCUCUAUAUGGAUCCAACUUUACAAGAUAAAGAUUGUAUUUUUGGUCAAAUGUGUGAAAACCGUGAAAACACAAGCAAACGUCACAUUUUCACAAGUCAGUGUACGAGUAUAUUUUCGAGGGCGGGGUGCGUGUAACAACAACAAAAAAAAAAAGUUUUGUGAUUUAUAAUUUUAAGGUAGUGACUAUUGUUCUUGUAAGAUUACCUUUUUUUUCUUGAAAAAAGUGAUUUCCCAUGACUUUCUCGUAAUUGGCUUUAUUCUCUUGAGAUUACCAAUUAACUCUCAUUCAAUUCUGACUUUUUCCCCCAUAAUUUAUAACUUUAUUCUUUAUUCUUCAAGUGUGGCCCCACUCAUCCUUGGUAAGAGUGUCAAUAAAGUAAUGUGAAGUCAGUAAUUCUCUCGUCUGACAGCUACGCUGAGAGGAUGGCAAUGUAUUGCAUUAAGUUACAAAUCUUUUGGGAAAAAAAAUGCAAGUGUCAUCUAAAUGUGUGUGUGCUUGGAAGUGUGUGUGUGUGUAUGUGUGUGUGUGUGUGUCAGUCAUCUUCUAAUGUUGCACUGAGUGUCUUGUUUCCCUCACUCAGCUAAUCGAAGAUAAAAGUACGGAGGGGAGACGGUGACAAUUCAUGUGUACAUGUUUACUCAAGGACUUAAUGGAUUUUUUGUUUUCAUUCUAUCUGUAAAAAAGUUUAUUGACCUUAUAGUGGCUUUUAUUGUGGAAUAAUCCCAAUGCAGGAUUAUCAAUGAGUAUUGCACCAUUUUGUUCCAAUGUAAAAACAACAAAAAAAUUAUAAAAACCAACAAAAAAAGGUUAAAAAUAAAGACAAAGACGUGUGGCCAUAGCUAGGUGUAGAAGGACUCGUGUUCCCUGUUAGCUUCAACAGCAAUGGAAAAGGAGGUGGGGUCAUUUCAGAGGUGCCUAUGGUUUGUGUUUUUCUUCUGCAAAAGCCACUGGUCGUUUACAAGCAUUUCCUUUGUCAGACUUUGGAGCCAAUAGGAAUCUACGACAGGAAUGUUGUAUUUAAUAAAAGAAAGUGAAAAUAUCCUCUUCCAUCAAAUAUGGACAUGAAAACCUUGCAAAAUGAAGAUUUAUGCUACUUUCAGUACUCUGGGAUUGAUCAGUGUUGUUGUCCUUUUUCAAGUUGUUGACACAUGAUCUCUUUCUGUGUGUGUGCGUGUGUGUUUGCGAUUAUGUUUGGUCACUAUCUUGCACACUUGUAAAAGAUUCAUGGAUUUUUGUCUCAGGAAGGCCAGGGUUCCAACAUCACAACUCCUCCAUUUCUUCACGAUGAAGCAACAAGCGCUGAUAAGUGUUUUUUGUUUUUGAGUUGGAAAGACAACAAGAAAUGUUUUGUAGCAACUUACAUAAAUAUUUACCAAAUAAGACUGAAAAUCAGUUUUGAAUUGAAAGAGAAAAGAAAGUGCUUUACAUGUGAAAUCUGAAGUAGACAUAUAUUGCUUUACAUUUUCAAACCAUGACAUGAAAAUGCAUUUGUAUGCUUUGUUUUUUGCUUUGUGUGCGCGCGCCUGUGCAGAACGUUAGUUGUCAAUCAUCUCUCCGUGUCAACAGCUGGUUUUUAAAUGGAUCAUGAUCUAUGCACAAAGUGGGAGGGGCAAGUCCUUGGGGUUCAGGGUUUGAUGUCGGCUUCUUAUUCUUCUUUUUGUGUCUUGCGCUAACGAUGUUCUCAUUUGCGUGUCAUGUUUUAGCAAGCCCUUACAUCACCAUGCUGUGUAACCCUUCUUAACCAAUGAGCGCUUGUCCUUCUGCUGAAGCACUGUGGGUCCUACUGAGAAGAAGCCCAUGAUUUUAAUAAGGCUCGAAGGUUUUUUUUAAGGGGAGGGAGGGAGGGGGGUUAUGUGGGUACUUUGCCUUUGCCUUUACUUUGAAAAGAAAAGAAAAAAAAAACAAUGGGAAAAAAAAAAUGUCUGUAACUGAAAAACAAAGUUGUGGCUUUUAAUGUUGUUCCUUUUCCUCCUCAUAGAAUGUGAUUGUUAAGGACAUGCACCGAAAAAAAAAAAAAAGUUUCCAUGUGGCUUUAUGGAGCUUAUUUCGGAUUAUAUUAAAGUACAAAAUUUCUUGGCUGUUA